AUGUGCGCCGCCGCGCAAACAUCCAGAAAUGUCACCACCGAAGACACGGACGAGUCCAUCAACUACCGCCCCUUAGGCGAAAACUGGUGGAGCGGCGGAGCCUUCAGCAAGUUCGGCGUCGACCCCACUCGUCUCUCUGGCCAGAGCUGGAUGUGGGCUCAAUCGCUGCAAGGCGACCAAACGUCCGCUACCGCCACCUUCCAGUUCUCCGGCGUAUCGGUAUACGUCUUCAACGUGCUCAUCCACUUCAUCAACGUCGAAUUCUUUCUCGAUGACGAGCCCAAUCCUACGACAUUCGUUUGGCAGCCCUCGGGAUUAGAACACAUCCAGUACAACACAGUCGUCUACUCGCGAAGCGGUUUGGACAACACACAACACACCUUGAAGAUGCAACUGAAGAACGACGGCGAGUCGAUGAUCUUCUUCGACCGCUUGGUGCAUGCAAUACAGGAAGAGGACACCCCCGACCCAAGCCCUACCCCUUCCACAACGUUCUUUACACUUCGACAACAUCAACAACGAGGCUAG